UCUCCACUGAGCUCCACGACCUGGCAAUGGGAGCCCCCAGAGCCGUCCUGCUCUGCCUCUAUGGGUCUGUUCUCUGCCUGACAGUGUCCCAGGCCCUGCAAUGCUACAGCUUUCAACACGUCUACUUCGGGCCCUUUGACCUCAGUGCCAUGAAACUCGCCAACGUCUCCUGUCCCUAUGGAUGCUCUGAGGCUGUCUUGUCGCUGGACACUGGGUACCGCUCCUCGGUGACCCUGGUGCAGAAGGGCUGCUGGACCGGCCCGUCCGUGGGCGAGAUGCAGUCCAGCGAGGACGCGCUGCCGCCCGACUACUCGGUGAUUCGCGGCUGCCAGACCGACUGGUGCAACGCUGAGCUCAUGACGCCCAACCCGCCCACGCUCAGCGGCACUGAGUGCUACGCCUGCUUGGGCACCCGCCCGGAGGACUGCACCCCGAGGAAGUCCCGACGGGUCCAGUGCCACCAGGACCAAAGCGUCUGCUUCCAGGGCAAUGGCGAAAUGAGCGUUGACAAUUUCUCAGUCCCUGUGUACAUCAGAACCUGCCACCGGCCCUCCUGCACCAUCUUGGGCACCACCAGCCCCUGGACAGACAUCGACCUCCAGGGCUUCUGCUGUGAGGGGCCCCUGUGCAACGGGGGCUCCGUGACCCAGCCCUUCACCAUCGCUUCGGCCACCGCGCCUCCCCUGGCACCGCACUUCCUGGCUCUGCUCCUCAUAAUUCCUCUGCUGGUGGGCACCCUGGGAGGACCCUUCUGCCUCUCCCCAUAGACAGCCCCUCUGGCCUCUUCAUGAGCAGGAUGCUGGGGGCAGGGCACGCCCCACCCCAACACACACACACACACACACACACACACUGCUUCAGCCCCUGUAAUGUGGGAAAUGACAUAAAUAUAUAGUUUCAUUCCUGUCUCUCUCCCUCCCACUUCCCUAUGCUGCCCCACCCUCACCUGCUCAGCAGGCCUGGCAGAAGUGGGGUGAGGUCCCCAGCAUCCCAGGGUGGGGACACACAGCCACAUCCUGCACUGCAUGAAGAGCAAACCUGACAAUAGAUAUUAUGUGCUGAGCACCAGCGAGGCCCAGCACCCCAUGACCCCACUCCCUGUGCUCUCCCCCCGCCCC